AUGGUUGCCGCUCGCACGAAGGCCAACUCCAAGAUCCGCCGCAUCGGCAAGAAGAAGGGUGCGACGAUGAAGGACGUCCACCCGUGGCGCUGGGUCAAGCUCUGCAGUCAGCACUUCAAGCAGGAGGGUAAGCUCAUGGUGCCGAACUGCGCUGAGAUUGUGAAAACCUCCCACGGCCGCGAACGCGCCCCGCAGAACCCUGACUGGUACUACAUCCGUUGUGCCGCCAUCCUUCGUGCCGUGUACAUGCGCCCCGGCGUUGGCUACGGCGGUCUGAGCAAGCGCUUCUCAAACAAGAAGAACCGCGGCAGCCGCCCCGAGAUCACCACGCGUGCCUCCAGGGGUCUCCUUCACUGGGGUUGCAAGAGCCUCACGAAGCUGGGCCUUGUUGAGAAGUGCGAGAGCUCAGGCCACCGCAUCACGAAGGCUGGCCGCAAGCUCGCUGACGCGAUUGCCUUCAAGGUCGCGAUUCGCAAGCUCAACACCGCUUCUGUGCAGAAGUGA